UACUGCGGCCUUCUACUGCACGUAGAUUUCAAAUGUUACAUAUCAUCCGAGUUGAACGACUGAGACCGACGAUAAAGAUGACAUAAAACACUGUUCAAGUCACAAACAACGAUCUGUGAGCUUGAUUUUUAAUAUAAAUUAUUGGAGAGCCACUUUGACGUGAUAAUGGCGUACAAUUGUAUUCGCAUGAAAGGGGCUGUGGAGCGAAUUCUUAGCAGGAGGUUAGGACAGAGCGUUCGGGUAAAUCAGAUACAUCUACACAGCACCAAUGCAGACGUGACUACCUCGUGGAAGUUAUCCAGUCUCAUCACCAGACUGAGGUUAGCUGCCAAGCCUCCAAAAGGGUUUGAAAAGUUCUUCCCAGAAGGCAAGCAAGCUGCCAAGAAACCAAAAGUGGCCAAAGAAGCAUCGGAGUCUUCCAAAUCAGCACCAAAAAGGAGUAGCGGUAAUGGCAAAAAAGAAUCAGAGAGCAGCAAGAACUUUGGAGAGGACCUAUGGAAGAGUCUGAUGGCCCAGGGGAAGACGGGCGGGGGAGGAGGGGGUGCUGGAAGCAGACCCCCCAUCGACGAGAAGAACAGGCAGCAGCUGAUGUUCAGUAUAGCCGUCACCAUAGGGGGCGCCAUUGCGGCUGGCUACGUCUUGAUGGGCGGUUCAGCGGUGGAAAUCACAUACAAGGAGUUCCUGAAUGAAUUCUUAGCAGCAGGACAGGUUGAAAGAGUAGAAGUUGUCAACAAGAAGUUUGUCAGAGUGUGGCUGAAAGCUAGUCACUCUAAAGGGAGGUACGUCUGGUUCAAUAUUGGCAGUGUGGAUACCUUUGAGAGGAAUCUAGAGCAGGCACAGGGCAACCUGGGUAUGGAACCUCAGAACUAUCUCUCCGUUGUCUACAGUUCAGAGAGUGAUGGGUCAUUCUUGAUGAGUCUGAUUCCCACAGCCCUCAUGAUCGGCUUCUUCCUGUACCUCUUCCGUAACAACCCUGCCACAGGAGGCCGGGCUGGUAAGGGCAAGGGCGGCAUCUUUGGGUUUGGCGAGUCAACGGCCAAGAUCCUCAAGGAAGAUGUAGGAGUCAGGUUUAAGGAUGUUGCUGGAUGUGAGGAGGCCAAACUGGAAAUCAUGGAGUUUGUCAACUUCCUCAAGAAUCCUCAGAAAUAUGCAGACCUUGGGGCCAAGAUCCCAAAGGGUGCUAUCUUAUCUGGACCACCAGGAACUGGUAAGACUCUGCUGGCCAAGGCUACAGCAGGUGAAGCUAAUGUGCCUUUCAUCACAGUCAACGGCUCAGAGUUCCUGGAGAUGUUCGUUGGUGUUGGUCCCUCAAGGGUGAGGGACAUGUUUGCAAUGGCAAGGAAAAAUGCUCCCUGUAUUCUUUUUAUGGAUGAGAUCGAUGCUGUGGGAAGGAAAAGAGGAAAGAGUAACUUUGGAGGGCAAAGUGAGCAGGAAAACACACUCAAUCAGCUGCUAGUAGAAAUGGAUGGUUUCAACACCACCACCAAUGUUGUAGUCUUAGCAGGUACAAACCGUCCAGACAUCCUAGACCCUGCCCUCAUGAGACCUGGUAGAUUUGAUCGACAGAUCUACAUCGGUGCACCGGACAUCAAGGGCAGGGCAUCCAUCUUCAAGGUUCACUUGAAGCCCUUGAAGACAGAGGUAAACAUGGAUGAGAUGUCUAGGAAACUAGCUGCUCUCACUCCAGGUUUUACAGGUGCUGACAUAGCAAAUGUGUGCAAUGAAGCUGCUUUGAUAGCUGCUAGACAUGGUUUCAAUCAGAUUGAAAACUCUCACUUUGAAGCUGCCAUUGAAAGAGUCGUAGCAGGUCUUGAAAAGAAGACACAAGUGUUACAACCAGAAGAAAAGAAGACUGUAGCGUACCAUGAGGCAGGCCAUGCUGUAGCAGGCUGGUUCUUGGAGCAUGCUGACCCUCUGCUCAAGGUUUCAAUCAUCCCACGAGGAAAAGGUCUUGGCUACGCCCAGUACUUGCCUAAGGAACACUUUCUAUUCACCCAGGAGCAGAUGCUACACAGGAUGUGCAUGACGCUAGGGGGACGUGCAUCGGAGCAGAUCUUCUUCGACAAGGUCACGUCGGGUGCUCAGGAUGACCUCAAGAAGGUCACGCAGAUGGCAUAUGCACAGGUGGUUCAGUUUGGCAUGAGUGAUAAGGUAGGCAACGUCUCCUUCGACAUGCCACAGCAGGGUGAGAUGGUCCUAGAGAAGCCCUACAGUGAACAGACCGCUCAGAUGAUCGAUGAAGAAGUCAGGUCCAUGAUCAAAUCUGCUUAUGAUUCAACCUUGGAUCUCCUAAAGAAGAACAAGGAUAAUGUAGAGAUGGUUGCACAGAGGCUAUUGGAGCGGGAGGUCCUCAACAAGGACGACAUGGUGGAACUCUUGGGCAAACGGCCCUUCGCAGAGAGGACCACGUAUGAAGACUUUGUAGAGGGAACAGGGAGCUUUGAGGAGGACACCAGCCUUCCCAAGGGGCUUGAGGGAUGGAAUGAGGAGAGCGAGAAGAAAAAAGGACUCAAGGACGAUAAGAACUUGGACGUGAAUGCAUAGUAUUUUCCCCAAAAGCGGUGGCCAUCUUUGAAUGCCUGGUCCACCAUAGACUAUAUAUAAGUGCACCUGAGACCAAGUGAGAAAAGUGUUAUUGCACAGAGAUGAAGCGUGAAGCAGAAAUGGGGUGAAUGGAUGAAGGCAGGCGUCGAAUCUGUAUAUCAGCAACAUUCGAGUGCAUCGAAUGAAGCCCUCAUACUUGGACCUGUAGACUUGGUAACCCAUAAACCACCGAUUUUAAUGGGUUCCGUUAUCGGAUCCAGAAGAAGAAAAAUCGGGUCUGCAAGAAUUGGGUCAUCACAAUAAGUAGUUCUUCCUUCGUUUUUUCAGGAAAAAAUAUCAUGGGUAAUUUCCGCAACCUUCGGUUAUAAUUUUUCUAGAUUCGUCUAAGUGUCUUUAUGCUUAAAUAAUUGAAAAAAACUUCCUCCUUCAGGAAUCCGCCCCUGGCCGUGACCAAGGUUCCUGUUUCAUUUUUGUAUAUAACGCAGAUCGAACUAUUGGAGCAGUGAGAUUAGAAAAAUAUCAGAAUUUACAUGAUUAAAAAAAAACCCCACACACAUCUCUGCUAGCAAGUGAAAUUGACUGGCAACUUUAACAACAGUCCAAGAGCCAGAAAAAUGGAGAUUCAAAACCCAAGUCAGAUCAUUAGUGCCUUUAAUUAAGGCAGUAAUAUUUGAAAACCUAGUCCCUUGGGAAGUACUUCUAGCUGUAGGUCCCCUAGUGUCUCGUAUACAUGUUCUUUGCUUUUGUGACCUGGUAGAAUUACAACCCACCCCAUUACACCUAUAUUUACACCUAAAAAAUUUGCAAAUAGUAGUGCUUCAAUGUCAUCUUGAGAACACUUUUUCCUUCAUGAAGAAACUUGAAUAUUCUUCUCGAUGUCGUAUCUCUACUGUUGGAUGACGGUUGCUUAUUUAAUGACUUGUUGCAAUGUCCCUUAAAUCGGCAAAGAAUUGGAUUACUCAUAUGAAUGCCUUCAAAGCUUAUUGCCCGAGAAUGUUCUGUGAUGUGUCAUGGCUGAAUUAAAGUUUUCAGAAUGGACACAGAAUUUUAAAUUCAUUCCACAUUUCUUUAGAUGGACAUAUGUCAUGUUGGAACAAAAUCUUCUUGCUUUUCAGUUGUCACAAAAUUGUAUUGUACUACGGUACUUCCUUUUCUUAUAGAUUAAAAACCACUUUUUAUGGUGGAAUUCAAAGCUUUUGAUUAAAAAAAAUAAUCAAAAUGGUUUCGUCCAUCAAUGGAGUUGAUAGAAGGUGAAAUGUGUAUUCAUGCGCAGAUAAAAUCUCCAACAUGAAAAUCUACUGUAAAGCUAAUAUUUUUGUCACAAUACAUCACAUGCUCAUUGCAAAAUGAUAUUUUCAUGUGUCAUUCAAGUGCCGAUGGACAUACAUGAUUAAUUUGAUAUGGAUAUAUGUAAUUAUGUAUUGGAACAUUGUUGAGAAAGUGGUAAUAAAGAGAUGAAUUGAAUAUGUUUAAA